UCUAUUUUUUCCGCGAGUAAAGAUGAUAACUUUCACUGAUAAAAAAAAUAAAAAUCGGCCGUCUCAUAUUAUAGAAGCUUGAGGGACUGAGGCGAAAGGUAUGGCGUUACAGUGUCGUUUAAGCGGGGCGACAAUCCAAUCCCUAAAAAUGGCGACGAUUCCAAUCUCACCUUCGUCCUCACGCUUUAUCUUCCGAACAACUCCACAAACCCUAAACCUCGCUUUAUUUUCCCGCCACACCCCUCCUAAAGCACCUCCCUUUUCUGUUCUCAUUAGAGCCCUUUCAGCUCAGGCCGUGGCUGCUGCUCCAGCGGCUGAAAUCUCUGAUAAUAAAGUUGUAAAGCCGCAAUGGAAGGCGGCGAUAGAUUUCAAGUGGAUAAGGGAUAAUAAGGAAGCGGUUGCUAAUAAUAUUAAGAAUAGGAAUUCAAAUGCAAAGUUGGAGCUUGUGCUUGAACUUUAUGAUAAAAUGUUGAAUAUCCAAAAGGAAGUUGAGCGGCUUCGAGGGGAAAGGAAUAAUGUUGCGAACAAGAUGAAAGGCAAAUUGGAACCUUCUGAGCGUCAAAAGCUCGUUGAAGAAGGAAAGAAUCUGAAGGAAGGACUAACGACUUUGGAAGAAGAUCUUAUCAAUUUAAGAGAUGAGCUUCAGCUUGAAGCGCAAUGUAUACCAAAUAUGACUCACCCGGAUGUUCCAAUUGGAGGGGAAGAUAGUUCAAAGUUGAGGAAUGUGGUUGGAAGCCCCCUUAGCUUCGACUUCCCUGUCAAGGAUCACCUUCAAAUUGGAAAGGAACUGGAUCUCUUUGAUUUUGAUGCUGCUGCUGAGGUAAGUGGUUCAAAAUUUUAUUACCUCAAGAAUGAAGCAGUGAUGCUGGAAAUCGCCCUUGUCAACUGGACACUGACAGAAGUCAUGAAAAAGAGCUUUACACCACUAACAACACCUGAAAUUGUCAGGUCAUCUGUUGUUGAAAAAUGUGGCUUCCAGCCUCGUGGAGAAAAUACGCAGGUUUAUUCCAUUGAGGAUAGUGACCAGUGCCUAAUUGGCACUGCAGAGAUUCCUGUAGGGGGUAUUCAUAUGGACUCAAUUGUUUCGGAGUCCUCUUUACCAUUAAAAUAUGUGGCAUUUUCUCAUUGUUUUCGUACCGAGGCUGGUGCUGCUGGUACAGCAACGAGGGGUCUUUAUAGGGUACACCAAUUCAGCAAGGUGGAAAUGUUUAUUUUGUGCAAACAAGAAGAAAGUGAUAUGUACCACGAUGAGCUUAUUAAAAUUGAAGAAGACCUCUUUUCAUCUCUAGGAUUGCAUUAUAAAACUUUGGAUAUGGCCACAGGGGACCUGGGUGCUCCUGCUUAUCGAAAAUUUGAUGUGGAGGCAUGGAUGCCAGGUUUAGGACGCUAUGGCGAGAUAUCAAGUGCAUCGAAUUGCACCGACUAUCAAAGCCGCAGACUUGGCAUUCGUUAUCGUCCAUCGGAAUCACCCACAACUUCCAAAAAGGGCAAAACAAACCAGGCUACUCCCAAGUUUGUUCAUACAUUAAACGCAACAGCGUGUGCAGUUCCGAGGAUGCUUGUAUGUUUGCUGGAGAAUUUUCAGCAAGAAGAUGGGUCGGUUAUUAUUCCAAAGCCAUUAAGGCCAUUCAUGGGUGGAAUUGAAGCUAUAUAUCCUAAAUCUAGAUGAGGAAGACAGAGUUAAUGUAGGUGUAAAGAAACACAGAUACAUCCACAAUUCAAGCAGUUAAAUUUCAAUGUUUCAUGAGACACUGGAUCUGGAAAGUUCGUGCG